UUAGGGGACCAUCUGCUCGGGUAAACCCCGGGUGGGUGACAAGGCAUCUCCUCUGCCCUCUCUGGGGAGCACAUUUGCUGCAGAAGCGGCCACAUUCUCCCACCGUAGCUCCCCCUCCGGAAAGGCAGGUGGCUGGCUCCUGACCCUUUUGCACAGCCUUCUGGACUCUGGCCUUUUGACCCUAAUGGUUUCCUUUCAUUCGCGCCUUCCUUUUCGGGCUAGGAGAAGGCGGAGUUAGGAUGGCUGCGCCACUGUUGCCGAGGCGACGCCGUUACUUCCGUUCAUUUCAAUGCUUCCGGGUUGGCGCUGCGGUGGCGUUUCCUACCGUGGGAGCCUCUGCUUCCCAGUCGUCUGAUGAGCUUGAGCAGCAUCAGAAAAGUUCCACUUUAAGCCAUGAGAUGUCUGGUCUGAACUGGAAACCUUUUGUGUAUGGCGGCCUUGCCUCUAUUGUUGCCGAGUUCGGCACUUUCCCUGUGGACCUUACUAAAACACGACUGCAAGUCCAAGGCCAGAGCAUCGAUGUCCGCUUCAAAGAGAUAAAAUAUAGAGGGAUGUUUCAUGCCUUGUUCCGAAUCUAUAAAGAAGAGGGGAUUUUGGCUCUGUAUUCAGGAAUUGCCCCUGCUUUACUAAGACAGGCAUCAUAUGGCACCAUCAAAAUUGGUAUUUACCAAAGCUUGAAGCGAUUAUUUGUAGAACGUUUGGAAGAUGAAACUCUCCUAAUUAAUAUGAUCUGUGGGGUAGUGUCAGGAGUGAUUUCAUCGACUAUAGCCAAUCCCACUGAUGUUCUAAAGAUUCGAAUGCAGGCUCAAGGAAGUUUGUUCCAAGGGAGCAUGAUUGGCAGCUUCAUUGACAUAUACCAGCAAGAAGGUACCAGGGGUCUGUGGAGAGGCGUGGUCCCCACUGCUCAACGUGCUGCCAUCGUGGUGGGAGUAGAGUUGCCAGUUUAUGAUAUUACCAAGAAGCACCUGAUACUGUCAGGAAUGCUGGGAGACACCAUUUUAACCCACUUUGUUUCUAGCUUUACCUGUGGUUUGGCUGGGGCUCUGGCAUCUAACCCGGUUGACGUGGUGAGAACGCGGAUGAUGAAUCAGAGGGCAAUAGUGGGGCAUGUGGACCUCUACAAGGGUACUUUGGAUGGUAUUUUAAAGAUGUGGAAACAUGAGGGGUUUUUUGCCCUCUAUAAAGGAUUUUGGCCAAACUGGCUUCGACUCGGACCCUGGAACAUCAUUUUUUUUAUUACAUACGAGCAGCUCAAGAGGCUUCAGAUCUAAGAACUGAAAAUCCAUGAGCCCAGCACUACCGCCCUUUCUACUGUUCUCCUUUGUGUUCCUAAUGUAUUUUGACAAAGGCGUAUGCGUUUACAGAACCAGUGGUCUCCGGAGGGUCCUCUUAUUGAAGAGUAGGAGGAUGACUUACGGUCGUUCAUGCAUCUGUGUCACCUCUUCCCUAAGAGGAAGUAUUCACAUUGAGAGUGUGACCCCAGAUUGGUGUCUUCUGUGAAGAUGGAUACUGAUGGGUGACAUUCAAAAGGGCCUUCUUUUCGAACGUGGGUUAAAUGCAGUUGGCUAUCCCCAGACAGGUUCCAGCAGAAGGCUACCAGCACAGGUCCUGCGAUGGAUGUUGUAGACCUUGGUUCUCAUUAAACUAUUUAUUGGCUGAAUCA